UCAUGUCUGUUGGGAUACACUACGCAUGCGUAGUUUAAAGUUGCCGUCAUAGAACGCAAAAUGCUUAUGUGGCUGCCGAGAUAGUUUUGUUUAGCCUGACAGACAACACCCUGUUGCAAUGAAUCUUUUCAUACUGGUUCUCUUUUGUGUCUGCUGCUCUGUAACAUCAGAAGAAGACGAGAGACUGCCUAAUAAAUGCGAAGUCUGUAAGUUUUUGUCAGUAGAGCUGCAGGAUGCUCUGGAGAAAACUGGUCGCUCCAAAGAAGUCCUAGAGGUCGGAGAAGUGCUGGGCACAGGCAAGAGAAAACGAAAGAUUAAAUACAACACCUCGGAAACUCGGCUGACUGAAGUGGUGGACAACAUAUGUGAACGCAUCCUGCAUUAUAAUGUUCAUGCAGAGAGGCCUGGCAGCCUCCGAUAUGCCAAGGGUGCCAGUCAGACCAUGACAACCCUAAAGAACCUGGUCCACAAAGGAGUUAAAGUGGAUUUGGGUCUGCCGUAUGAGCUGUGGGAUGAACCCUCUGUAGAGGUGUCACACAUGAAAAAACAGUGUGAGACAAUGCUGGAGCAGUAUGAGGAGGUUGUGGAGGACUGGUACUUCCAUCAUCAGGACAAGAGGCUGGAGAACUUCCUUUGUGAGAACCACGUCCUCAUGACAUCGGAGCAAGAAUGUAUAAAGGAGGCAUUAAAAGGAGACAUGGGGAACAAAGGAGGGGCCAAGGAAGCAGAAGGUGACAGCACAGAAGAAGAGGGAACAAGACAUGACGCUGGCGAGCUAUGAGGAAAACAUUGUCAAAAAGGGAAAUGCAGAAGACAACGCAAUAACCUACAUUUUAGCUUUUGGCUGGAUGUGACACAUAGUCAACCAACAUUUUUUUAUCUGGUGCCAAAUCCUGGUUCUAGAAAAUACGUUUGGACUUAUGACUUUAACACCACAUUACUGUUAUUAUUUGUAUAAGAAUGUGUGAGCCUUUUAAGUACUGUCGGACAUAUUUUAAACACGCAUCUAUUUGAAUUAAGGUUUGAAUUUGAAGUCUUUCCUAUUAAUAUUUGAGACAUUUUCAGUGGUAAAUUAUGCAUACACGAUGUUACAUCUCUCAUUAUGCCAACAUUAUAUGGUACAAAUCAGUGUUUUUUUUAGCAGAAAUUGCAGCCUUUAAAUGCAAUACAGUUUUUCAUUGUAAAUAAAAUUCUUUUCAUAACACU